CAACUACAUACUUUAUAGUUAUGGACAAUUUAGCAUUUCAAUGGUACCAAAUGGGUUAUAUAUAUAUUCCUGCUGAACUCAAUGACACACUGAUCAUCAAAUUCUGUGAAAACCAAAAAGAAACAAGAUAGAAAAUGUUGCGGAUUAAGAUUCAACGAGUAAGCAACUUGAAGGCACUGAGGCCUCAGAUCUUUGCUGCCUCGAGCAACUCCUGUUUCUCUACAGCCGCCGAGCCGUCAUCGAAGCACCGUACUCCUGCGAGGGUUCCCAAUCUUAUUGGUGGUGCUUUUGUUAAUUCACAAGCAUCAGCAUCCAUUGAUGUUAUAAAUCCUGCGACACAAGAAGUGGUUUCUCAAUUACCUUUGACUACAAAUGAAGAAUUUAAAGCUGCAGUAUCAGCAGCAAAGAAAGCAUUUCCAUCUUGGCGUAACACACCAGUGACAACCCGUCAGCGUAUAAUGUUCAAACUCCAACAGCUUAUUCGAAGAGACACUGAUAAACUAGCCAUAAGUAUUACUACUGAGCAAGGAAAGACAUUGAAGGAUGCACAAGGAGAUGUGUUUCGGGGGCUAGAGGUGGUGGAACAUGCUUGUGGCAUGGCAACACUGCAAAUGGGAGAGUAUGUUUCCAAUGUAUCAAAUGGAAUUGACACAUACAGCAUCAGAGAGCCACUUGGUGUUUGUGCUGGGAUUUGUCCCUUCAACUUUCCAGCAAUGAUUCCCUUAUGGAUGUUUCCGAUUGCAGUUACAUGUGGGAAUACCUUUGUUUUGAAGCCAUCAGAGAAAGAUCCAGGGGCUUCGAUAAUCCUUGCAGAGUUGGCAUCAGAGGCUGGUUUGCCAGAUGGUGUCUUAAAUAUUGUUCAUGGCACCAAUGAUGUUGUUAAUGCAAUUUGCGAUGAUGACGAUAUCAGAGCUGUUUCAUUUGUGGGCUCUAAUACUGCUGGCAUGCACAUAUAUGGAAGAGCAUCAGCUAAAGGGAAACGUGUUCAGUCUAAUAUGGGAGCCAAAAAUCAUGCAAUCGUCCUGCCUGACGCAAGCGAGGAUGCUGCUUUAAAUGCUAUUGUUGCUGCUGGUUUUGGUGCUGCUGGACAAAGAUGCAUGGCACUCAGCACGGUUGUUUUUGUUGGAGGUGCAAAGUCAUGGGAGAAAAAGCUAGUGGAGCGUGCCAAAGCUCUUAGAGUAAAUGCUGGCACAGAACCUGAUGCAGACCUUGGUCCAGUAAUUAGUAAACAGGCUAAGGAACGAAUACACAAAUUAAUUCAAAGUGGUGUUGAAAGUGGUGCCAGGCUAUUACUGGAUGGAAGAGAUAUAGUGGUCCCAGGAUAUGAGCAUGGCAAUUUUAUCGGUCCCACCAUCUUAUCAGGUGUCACAGCUGACAUGGAGUGCUACAAGGAGGAAAUUUUUGGCCCAGUUCUUCUUUGCUUAGAGGCUGACAGCUUAGAAGAGGCCAUAAACUUCGUAAACAGAAACAAAUAUGGGAAUGGAGCUUCCAUAUUCACAACAUCUGGUGUCGCUGCCAGGAAAUUUCAAACGGAGAUUGAAGCUGGACAGGUUGGCAUCAAUGUUCCAAUUCCUGUUCCCUUGCCCUUCUUCUCAUUUACUGGCUCCAAGGCAUCUUUCGCAGGCGAUCUUAACUUCUAUGGCAAGGCUGGAGUUAAUUUUUUUACACAGAUAAAAACUAUAACUCAGCAAUGGAAGGACUUACCAGGAGGCAGUGCUGUUAACCUGGCAAUGCCAACUUCUCAGAAGGCAUAGUCGCUAUCUAAUAUUGUGAAUUGUGAUAAAUACAUCUGUCUCAGUAACUUGCUUGAACUCCUUUUGUAUGUAUAAAAGGUCUUUAAUGUUUGGAUUUA